UGUUGACACGAGCAGUUGCGCUCCGGGUUGUGUUAGGGGGAGCUCCGCCCCCUCCUCAGGAGCAAUCUGGAUGACGACCUGAAUGCUCCGUGUCUUCAUUGCUGCUGCACUCUUAUCUGUAUUUUACAGAUGACUCACUGUGGCAGAUAAUCUGCUCAGAUGAUGGACGGCUGCCGCGCCGCAGUCACCAGGAGCAGCGGAGCCACCUGGUUUCAGGGACCAAUAAAGUUUCAUCUCCCGUCUCCUCUGCAGCCACUUCUACAGGCCGUUUCUAGGACCAGUGGGCGAGUGCUAAUAGUCCCAUAGCAACAAGCAGACAACAACGAUGGAAGCCUCCCACUUUGAAACCUCUGGAUUACAUCAUCUCCAUAUUCAACUCCAGGUGUCUCCCCCCCCCCCCUGCGGCGCGACGGAGGCGCUGAGAAGCGAAGUCCAAAAGCAGCAGCUGAUCUUUUCCUCUGAUCAUCACCUGGACACACUGACAGGACUUGUCUUCACUAGAACAUGCAGUAGAGGAAGCAGCUAAAUCAUCUACUUCCUCCUCAGUGUGAACAUACACAGUAGUUUCCCCCUGACAUGGACUCCUCCCCUGGGCUGGAUGCUGACACGUUACCGCUGCUUCAGCUACAGGAGGUGGACUCUAGCAAAUCCUCAGAGAGGCCGAGCUCCCCGGGAAUCCUGUCCGCCGUGUACAGCCCUCCUCUGGGCAUGGACAGCCACACCGUCUGCAUCCCCUCUCCGUACACGGAUAGUAGCCACGAGUACAACCACAGCCAUGGACCUCUAACCUUCUACAGCCCGUCUGUAAUGAGCUAUGCCAGGCCGCCCAUCACUGAUAGCCCGUCAUCUCUGUGCCCCCCCCUUAGCCCAUCAGCCUUCUGGCCCUCCCACAGCCACUCUAACAUACCCUCACUGACUCUGCGCUGCCCUCAGCCUCUCGUCUACAAUGAGCCCAGCCCACACGCACCCUGGCUGGAGCCCAAACCCCACAGCAUCAACGCCAGCAGCUCCAUCAUCAGCUGUAACAAGCCGCUGGGGAAUAGAUCAGGGGAAGGAGUGGAAGGCGUGAACUCCUCCUUGUGUUCAUCUGCAGUAGGUAAAGCCGACAUGCACUUCUGCGCCGUGUGCCACGACUACGCCUCGGGGUACCACUACGGCGUGUGGUCCUGCGAGGGCUGCAAGGCGUUCUUCAAGAGGAGCAUCCAAGGUCACAAUGACUACAUCUGCCCCGCCACAAAUCAAUGCACGAUCGACAAGAACCGGCGUAAAAGCUGCCAGGCCUGCCGCCUGCGGAAAUGCUACGAAGUGGGCAUGAUGAAGUGCGGUGUGAGGCGCGAGCGCUGCAGCUAUCGAGGAGCCCGACACCGCCGUGGUGGACUCCAGUCUCGGGAUCCCUCCGCCAGGGGUUUGGUCCGGGUGGGGCUGGGUUCUCGUGCCCAGCGGCAUCUCCACCUGGAGGCCCCUCUCGCCCCCCUCGCCCCCCUCCCUCAAGCGAACCAUGCACACCACUCGGCCAUGAGCCCAGAGGAGUUCAUCUCCCGCAUCAUGGAGGCGGAGCCUCCUGAGAUAUACCUCAUGGAGGACAUGAAGAAGCCCUUCACCGAGGCCAGCAUGAUGAUGUCGCUCACCAACCUGGCAGACAAGGAACUGGUUCUCAUGAUCAGCUGGGCGAAAAAGAUCCCAGGCUUUGUGGAGCUGAGUCUCGCCGAUCAGAUCCACCUGCUGAAGUGCUGCUGGCUGGAGAUCCUGAUGCUGGGCCUGAUGUGGAGGUCAGUGGAUCAUCCUGGAAAACUCAUCUUCUCUCCAGACUUCAAACUCAACAGGGAGGAGGGGCAGUGUGUGGAGGGCAUUAUGGAGAUUUUCGACAUGCUGCUGGCAGCCACCUCUCGGUUUCGUGAGCUGAAGCUUCAGAGGGAGGAGUACGUCUGUCUGAAGGCCAUGAUCCUCCUCAACUCCAAUCUGUGCACCAGCUCCCCGCAGACGGCCGAGGAGCUGGAGAGCAGGAACAAGCUGCUGCGUCUGCUGGACUCUGUGAUCGAUGCUCUGGUCUGGGCCAUCUCCAAACUGGGCCUGUCGACCCAGCAGCAGACUCUGCGGCUCGGACACCUCACCAUGCUGCUCUCUCACAUCCGCCACGUCAGUAACAAAGGCAUGGACCAUCUCUCCAGCAUGAAGAGGAAGAACGUGGUGCUGGUGUACGACCUGCUGCUGGAGAUGCUGGACGCCAGCACGUCCAGCAGCGGCAGUCAGCCGUCGUCCUCGCCGAGCUCCGACACGUACUCCGAACAGCACCAGUACCCCCAGCCUCUGUCCCACCUGCAGCCGGAGCCGGACGCCGACUACUCUGCUGAGCCCCCGACCCUGGACAGACACCUGCAGGCUCUGCCGCUUCGGUCCUCCCCUCCCUUUCAGAGUCACAUGGACAGCAACGAUUACAUCAACCCGGAGCAGUGGUCGCUGGAAACGGGAGACGCAGGUCCAUCAGCCGAAGCAACGGACUUCAUCAUCGCCGAUCGAGUUGUCAUGGAAAGUGCCUUACAGGGGUGACGGGACUGAAAGAGACUUAACUGAGACUGAACCUUUUUUAACGGCUUUCCAACCCCCCCCCCAAAGAUCGAGAAAAAGGAAACAAAACAAAAAAAAAGGAUUAAAAACAAAGUGCUGUUGUGAGGUAAAGUUUUU